CUAAAAUGGACGCUCACUGUCGUUUUCGACUCCGUGUGUCAGAAAGGGAGUUUCUCGCAGUUCGUGGCAUGUUCAAGCAGAGCGAUGGACAGUGACUGCACCGAACUACUGCCGCAGGUUUGCGCGGUCCUGGCAGACCCUAAUCGAGCGAUUGCUGAUGAUACGUGCCUAGAGAAACUGCUGGACUGGCUGGCAGAUCUAACCGGUCAGGUUCCUGGAAUAUCGUUACUGGAGCUGAACCCAUGCCUGACUGCUUUCCUAUCUGACGUGUGCAGAUCAGGCUCUGCAGAGCCAAGUGUCUUUGCCUUCAGCCUUAAGCUUGCCGGGCUGUUGGCUUCCAGUGAGCAGGGCUUCAUCCACCUCCAGCAACAGGGAAUUUUGACAUGUGCGUUCGGAUAUCAGGAAUGGGCUGGAUCGAGUCUCUGGCAGGAUGCAACAGUCCGCAGUGGAUGGAUUCAUGGACUUUGGAAUAUGCUGCAGCAUUGGAAAGCUAUGCACUUCCUGUUUGAGAAUGGAUUUAUUAAAGUUAUCCUGCAUUUGCAGUUAGACAGAAGCCUUUUUGUCGCGUCGGCAGCAAAUCGGCUCUUGGCUGGCAUUUUGAGCUUCCCCGGGCUAUCGGACAGAUUGCCGCUUACAGGAGAGGGUACCACAAUAGACCAGAGGGGCGAACGCAAGGACUGUGAUUUGCCAGUAUACACAGAUGGCAUCAUGGAGAUAGUCCAGCACGUGGAGGACUCGCUGACAUCUGGCAACCCUAUGCAUAUUCAGCGGUCCCUGAACUUGAUUGCUUCGAGUCUUGCCAAGUGUCCAGCACACGUCAGGGACACGUUUUGGCAGGGGACAGUGGGGACAUUAGAGGCAUUGAAAGGCAAUGAUGGAAACUCUUUGAUACAGCCUUUUCUGGAAACGCUGCAUGUGGCUUCCAGGACACCAUUACUUAGCAGUGGAAAUCCCAGUAUUGCAACAUUAAUGGAAGACAUGCUAUGCACGCUAAACCCAAAGGUGGCAAUCACAUUUGCUAAAGGGGUAAUUCAUAUGGAAAGCUGCCCACAAAGUUUGAAGAAAAAGGCCUUGGCAGUCAUUCUCCAACCCCUUGGGCAAGUCGGAAUGCUAGCUGACCCAAAGCAAGAACCAUCAGGUCUCCUCAAAGAUUGUGACUUUCCACACGCAGCCUGGGAGGAGGAUUUUUCCCAGAAGUCCUCUUACGUCUCAGUCCUCUGCCUGUCAUUGACCAGCGCCGCUGAACUUCUCCUAGAGUUCCCAUGUGAGGAGGAUUGUGUUUGCUCUGUGCUCCUCUCGGUGAUCGCCGUGCUAAAAGUGUGUGAGGGAAGUUCGUUUUCAUCGUCCGCUGGCAGAGCUGUCAGGAAACUGAUUGGCUGCACUCGAGUUCAGAAGUGUGCGCUGGACACCUUGUCAAGCCUUAACAAAUGCUCAGGAGUAAAUCCACAUGUUGGUGAGCUCUUCAGUGUUCUUCUGUCAUAUUUAGAAAAUCCUGAUUCUGAUCCAACUGCAUUCAAGAAGGCACUCCAGGCAGCUUUCAACUGGCUCUGUACAUGUUCCCAGUCAUCUGCAGCUGGCUCGUUUCUUACUCAAGAUCUGCUCCCUUUGUUGAAGAAACGAUUCUGUGACGUGCGGUGGGAGAUAAGGGAUUCGUCCCUCGAGUUCUUCACUCAGUUGACGUUACAAUUUAAAGAUGAUGCCAGUUAUCGUGGGAGCCUUUCGAACAGUGGGAUCAUUGACUCCCUGAUGGUUUUGCUGACCGAUCCAGAGAGUUACGUCCGAGCAAGUGCCAUCUCUGCUCUGGGGCAGAUUGCCCACAUCAUCCGCCAAGAGGAAGACCUCUCUGCACGUUUUCUGGAUAUUUUAGCACAGGAUACCGAAGGAUUUGCAAGAAGAGCGGUGAUAAAGAUCUUCUCCAUUUGGCUUAAGCAUCCUAACCAAGAUCUGUGUAAGAGUUUGGAGAAACAUCUAAGCACAGUGCUGCAGCUUGGUAGUAAUGACUUGGACUGGGAAGUCAAAAUCCAUACUUUGGAACUGGCUCAGAUCCUGAUACACCAAACUCUGGAAGGUUCUGGUCAGUUCUCAUGUCCUUAUGUGUCUGUCAUUCCUGCUCCCCAUGUUAAGCGAGCAGAAAUGACAGCAGCUUUUCACAACCUGCACCACCACAAGCUCUUCGACGUGCUUUUCUCUGGCUUGUUGGAUUGUGACAGGCCCGUGGCCAGAAAGGCGUGCACUAUCCUGCUCAACCUAAAGGGGGUGCUCACGGUAAACAUGGACACCUUAGACAACACGGUGGCCUUCAAUCUGCAGGGAUGUAGGUGGGGUCAAGAAAUGCUGAAGCAAUGCUUUAACGCUGCAUCUGAUUCCGCCAUGCAUGUUAACAUUGUGGAGCUGCUUUCAACUUUGGAUCUAGAGGACAUGAAACAGGCUUUGGAUCAAAGAAGUGAUCACCUGGAGAACAGUCCUCGUUCCCUCUUGCAGGAUAUAUUGGCAUCUUCUCACACAUCAGAGGACAAUAUUGUGGACUGUUACUGAUUUACAUAGCUCUCUUACUUCUCUUUUGUAAAUUAUGUAUCAUUAUUGUGAGUUUAAUUGAAUAAAACUGAAGCAUCUUGCUAUUGAAUAGAA